CGCUUUUGACACAUCAGCUUUUCAUCGAGCGAGCGAACCAGCAGCCAAACGCGAAAGAAAAAGUGCAUCGUCGCGAUCGAAAUCGCGAAGAAAAUCGAAUUUAUUCGCGAGUGCAGUGUGGAAAUUUCGGAAAUUGUAGUACCGUGCCUUCGGUAGGGCCGUCCGCGCGAUAUUAACCAAACGCGAAAGGAUGACGUCGUGCUGAUCGUCCGCAAGAAAGGGGGGGGAGGUUCGAAAAGUCCCAGCAGUAGAGUGCUUCGAGUCGAGUGCAGAGUGUUGUGUUAUCUUCUUUCACUGUUGCCCCGCGGCGCAGCUCCUCGUUCGUUGUCCUGGUCCUCGUUCCUUGCUGGCACGGUGUUGGGGUGGUGCUAGUGUGGUAGAUGUGGCGAAAGUUAAGCUAGCUGCUACUGGCUAGGGCGCGCUCGUCUUUCACUCUCUUGAGUCAUUCUUGGAACGCGAACGCGGGUGCGAAAGAAAGCGAAGAAGAAUAAGCGAAGCGACGACCAACAUCGCGUACUAAUCAGGUGAAUAGUGAAGGGGGGCGACAACUCCUACGCAGCUUGCAGCACCGUCGACCCCCGCCAGCAGCAGCUGUUGGUCCCGGAACGAGGAAGCUACCAGCAGAAUGGCCCUCAAGAAGGUGAAGGGCAACUUCGAGCGGAUGUUCGACAAGAACCUGACCGACUUGGUCCGGGGGAUCCGGAACAACAAGGACAAUGAAGCGAAGUACAUCGCCCAGUGCAUGGAGGAGAUCAAGCAGGAACUUCGGCAGGAUAACGUGAACGUCAAAGCGAACGCCGUGGCCAAGCUGACCUACCUGCAGAUGUGCGGUUACGAUAUAUCCUGGGCCGGGUUCAACAUCAUCGAGGUGAUGAGCUCGAACCGGUUUACGUGCAAGCGGAUUGGGUAUUUGGCCGCCAGCCAGUGCUUCCAUCCGGACAGCGAACUGCUCAUGCUGACCACCAACAUGGUGCGGAAGGAUCUGAGUUCGACCAACCAGUAUGAUGCCGGGGUGGCGCUGUCUGGGUUGAGCUGUUUCAUAUCGGGGGAUCUCUCCAGGGAUUUGGCGAAUGACAUCAUGACACUGAUGAGCUCCACCCGGCCGUACCUGCGCAUGAAGGCCGUCCUCAUGAUGUACAAGGUGUUCCUCCGGUAUCCGGAAGCGCUGCGGCCGGCUUUCCCCAAGCUAAAAGAAAAACUCGAGGAUCCCGAUCCGGGCGUGCAGUCCGCCGCCGUCAACGUCAUCUGCGAGCUGGCCCGCAAGAAUCCGAAGAAUUACCUCUCGCUGGCACCGAUUUUCUUCAAACUGAUGACCACCUCCACCAACAAUUGGAUGCUGAUCAAAAUCAUCAAACUGUUUGGUGCUUUAACUCCGCUAGAACCUCGAUUAGGCAAAAAGCUAAUUGAACCGUUGACCAAUUUGAUCCAUAGCACCUCCGCCAUGAGUUUGCUGUACGAAUGCAUCAACACGGUGAUCGCCGUGUUGAUCAGCAUCAGCAGCGGUAUGCCCAAUCACAGCGCUUCCAUCCAGUUGUGCGUACAGAAGCUGCGCAUCCUUAUCGAAGAUUCCGAUCAGAAUUUGAAAUAUCUUGGCCUCUUGGCGAUGUCCAAGAUCCUAAAGACCCAUCCGAAGAGUGUUCAAACCCACAAGGAUCUGAUCCUGGCCUGUCUGGACGACAAGGACGAAUCCAUCCGGCUGAGGGCACUGGACCUGCUCUACGGUAUGGUCUCCAAGAAGAACCUCAUGGAGAUUGUGCGGCGUCUACUGGGUCACAUGGAACGGGCCGAGGGUUCCGCCUACAGGGACGAACUGCUGUUCAAGGUGAUCGAGAUCUGCUCGCAGGGUUCGUACCAGUACGUGACCAACUUCGAGUGGUAUCUGACGGUUAUGGUAGAGUUGAUCCAGUUGGAGUCUGGAUCCAAGCAUGGUAAGGUCAUCGCUACCCAGCUGCUGGACGUGGCAAUUCGGGUUCAAGCGGUGCGAAGUUUCGCCGUAAAUGAAAUGUCCAGUCUGUUGUCGAGCUAUCCGGUGUCUGCGCAGAACAGUACCAUGCAUGAGGUGCUGUACGCCGCGGCCUGGAUUGUCGGCGAGUUCGGAAGCCACCUGGACAAUCCGGAACAGACGUUGAGUACGCUUCUACAGGCUCGACAAGUGCCGGGUCACAUCCAGGCCGUGUACGUUCAGAACGCGACCAAGCUGUUUGCCAACCUGGUGCACGACUGUCUGGAGGAGGACAAUCUGUCGGACAUCCGGAAGUAUUGUGACCUCCUGCUGGAAGGUCUCCCGGUGUAUCAGAGUUCCGCGGACAUCGAAGUGCAGGAACGAGCCAGCUCGGCCUUCAUGAUGGUGCAGAUGUUGAAAACGCGACUUGGUGGAACCAGUACGGACAUCCUGACGGACAUUGCAACCUCGGUGGACGAAGCGGAAGUGUUGGGCAAGCCAGCAAUUCCGGCGGAAGUCGCAGAGAUGAUACGGGAGAUCCGGGAGCUGUUCGUUGGAGAUUUAAAUCCGGUGGCACCGAAAGCGCAGCGGAAGGUCCAAUUGCCGGAGGGUUUGGAUCUGGACGAGUGGAUCAACGAACCACCGGAGACGAACAGCGAAUCCAGUGACGAGGAGAAGUUCGCGCUGUUCGCCGUCGGAAACAGUGACGAUCGGGAAGCGAACGGGGAACACAAGCACUACAGGAAGGAACAUACACAGGAGGAACUGGAACGGAUGCGAGAAGCGCGCAUCAUGGAGCAAACCAACAAUCCCAACUAUCUCAAGUCGGCCAAAAAGAGGGACACGGGAAGCGAUUACCAGAACGCGGUGGAUAACUACGACGACAUCCCGAUUGCGGAGAUUGCCCUGGAGGUGCCUCUUCAGAUACAUUCCACCACAACCAAGCGAUCCGACAAGUAUCUGCUGGAACAGCAAAAGUCGGGCAAAUCCAGUGGGCGUAGUAGCAAAAAGGUCAGCAGUAAGAAGUCCAAGCGGCAUAAGAAGGGAAGCAAGCAGCACUAUUCGGAGAGUGAUUCCGAUAGUGAUGAUCCCAAACCUCUGCACGUAGUAAACACAGUGGUAGAACUGCCGGAAGGUGCAAUUUUGUCCGAUACAGAGGACAAGGCGACCGAAGACCCGGAUGAUCCGCAUCGGGCGUUGGACAUCGAUCUGGAAGUAUCGCUUGACAACGAACGUGAGUCACGUGGUUCCCGUAAAACCGCCUCGACCAGCAACAACAAUGGCAAUCCCAAUUUGCUCAUAUCCCGACCGUCGGAGGUGCCUCCGUCCAUCACCUCCAAAUCAAAACGCAAUCUCAAUCCAUCAGGUGGUGUUGUGGAGUCGGAAGAGGGUGAUAAACCCUCGGCCUCACAUCGCCAUCACCACAAAAAGGACAGGAAGAAGAGCAAGGACAAGGAUCAUCAUCGAGAGCGGCGGUCACAUCGCAAGGAAGACGAAGACCGGGAAGGUGACGAACACACCAAGCAACGGGUAAGUAAAACUUCCUCACAUUCUUCCAGCGGAUCGCAAACCGUUGCCGAAAGUCGCCCGGUGAACCUUCUGGAACCGGAAGCAGACGGUGCUUCGACAGCGAAAAAGAAGUCCCACAAAAAGAAGCACCACUCGCAUCAUCCAAACAGUGAUCAGCAUGAUCAGGCAGAACCGACAGAUGCGAAAAAGGUUCACAAAAAGUCCAAGAAAUCAAAGAAAGAAUCGAAAGGAGAAAUGAGCGGCUAUGAGGAAGCCCUCGGUAUCUCCACUCCCAGCAAGGAGGUCAUUUAAUAGAUCCUGACAACGGUCGCGGUGCACUACCGAAGCGUGUAAACGCAUACUUUCCUAAUUGCAGAAAAAAGCCUUUCUCUUCGCGCUCGUCUUUGCUGACAUAUAUUUUCCUAAUCGCCUCCCAGUAAGUAGAUAACUCUAUAUGCCGUACACAUCCAUAGGUAGGAAACAACACUCUCGAAAGUACUCAACUCCCGGUUUUUUAAGCCUAACCUAAACUAGAAUAUACCUACGUCAAAAUGCAAUAGUUAAAAAUCGUGCAACGGACAUACACGUGACCGUUAUCACCACAUACAGUAGCGACACCUAGUGGCGACUUGCACUUGGAUCGAUUGCUUGCAAGCAGGUGCUUGCAUGCAAUUCGAAAGUGCGCGAGAUUGAUAGAUUACGCGAGAGCCAACAGACUUCAAAUCCAACCGUUACCGUCGGUCGUACCCCCAGAUGAAGCAAAAGGAACAAAAUCGAAUUUUAUCAGUGAAAACGGAAACCCAGUCUAGGAAUAUGAACAAGCAAGUGGAAAAGAAUAACAGACAUUUUUAGCAAGUUUUUCAAGCGCGAGCAGGCGUCGGUGCGUACAGCAUGAGUGUGCUUUGUGCUCGUUUUAUGGAGAUAGAACAAAUCCGCAUUCGAACCGGAGAACGCUAUAAUAUUGUGUAUAACUAGAUACAGUGUAGAAUAUAUGAAAAAUAAUACUUUUGAUGGAAGAUGAUGGAGGAAAUUUUACGCCCUGAAGUAGUUGUAGUAACACUAGAUGAUAGUUAUAAUCAAAGCCAGCAUGAAAACCGAUCAAGUAGAGAGAAAGGCGAAAAAGUAAAAGGAUUAUACAUUUAAACAAAAUAGCCGUCAAAGACAACAACACUGCCGUGUGUGUCUUUGAUGGGGGAACAGAAUCUAUUAGGCACUGAUUGUGAGCAGCAAAAGUAUGGAAAGAUACGGCAUCCACUAAAACACUAGGUGAUGAUUGUUAAUUAAUCAGUAAUUACAUUGCAUAUGAUCAUUAUAUACUAUUAUUAUUAUUAUUACGAUUAUUAUUACUAUUAUGAAGCAAGAAAGCCGUAAAUAUAUAAUUUAUCUAAUAAUUUGUGGA